AUGAAAUAUUGCGGUGGGCCAUGGUUUCUUUCCACUUUCACUUUCAUUUUGGCUGUUUCUUUACACUUUCCAUUUCACUUGGCUGUGUUUUUACACUUUCACUUGGAUGUUUCAUUUUACUUUCCCUUUCACUUGUCUGUUUCUUUCCACGUUCCCUUUCAAUUUGCUGUUUCUUUCUACUUUCCAUUUCACUUGGCUGCUUCAUUUUACUUUUACUUUCACUUUCACUUGGCUGUUUCUUUGCACUUUCCUUUUCAUUUAGCUGUUUCUUUCUACUUUUCCUUUCACUUAACUGUUUCUUUUCACUUUCUAUUCUCCCUUUCACUUUGCACUUUCUUUCCACUUACAUUUUCACUAUUGAGGAACAUAUCACACUUAACUGUUUCUUUCCACUUUCACUUUCACUUGGCCGUUUCAUUUUACUUUCCCUUUCACUUGGCUGUUCCUUUCUAUUUUCUCUUUCACUUGGCACUUCCUUUCCAUUUUCCCUUUCAUUUUGCUGUUUCUUUUCUCUUUCACUUUGCUGUUUCUUUUCUCCUUCACUUUGCUACUCUCUCUCUCUCUCUCUCUCUCUCUCUCUCGCAGUUACUCUCUUACACCCUUUUGCUCUCUAUUACUCCCACUCUCUUUCUCAUUCACUCUUUCUUACUCCCUUUCUCUCUAUCUCUCUCAUUUGCUCUCUUUCUCUCAUUCACUCUCUCUCUUACUCCCUCUCUCUCAUUUCCUUCAGGGCGUUCCCCUUCUCUCUCAAACGCACCAAUCAGGUUUACUAUCUUAGUCAACCACUCUCUCACACAUAUACACAGACUCCACUUUCUCAAAUACUGUCUGUCUGUCUGUCUCUCUCUCUUAUUCCCACUACACAUACUUGGCUAUUUUUUUCAUUAUUUUAGUAACCCUCUCUCUCUCUCUCUCACACACACACACAUACCUCUUCUCUCUUUCUUUUUCUCACCCUUCUCUCACUCUCUCUCUAUCUAUCUAUAA